UUAAACACUCACAUGCAGUAACAGAGCAUAGCUGAGCCUAAAGGCUAAAGGCCUCUUAAGUUGCAAUCUUGGUAGUGGUAACCAUCAGAAGAUGCUUUCAAAGACCCCUUAACAUUUGGAGCUGAACCAUUUACCAAUUUUCUCCUAUCUUUGUCAAUUAUCUCUCUGAUCAGACACUCACUUGUAGGUGUUCUGCCAGACAUUGAAUUCCAUUGAGCUUGACUUUUGCAAGGUGAGGAAACAUGAAGACUGAUGUUUCCAAGGCAGGUCAUGACUGCAGACCCUUGAAAAGAAAAUCAGAAGUUCUUACUAGUCCAGUUCCACCUGGAGCGUCGGGCAAAGGUUUGCCAUAUGCUCCAGUUGAUUGGCCAAAUGUUGGUGAUAUUUGGGGUUGGAGAGUUGGAACCAGAGUUAGGGUGGCAGGAUUCUACAAUGAUCGGUUCUUGUAUGCUCCUCAGAGGCUCCAAAAGAAGCCUACUAGAAAACUACUAUUCCAGAGCAAGCCAUCUGUUUUACGUUAUCUAAAAUCACAAUUCCCUGAAGCUGACAUUGAAGAAUUUUUUGCAUCAUUCACUUGGGAUGUUCCAGCAGAAGCUCAUUCUUCAAAACUAAGCAAAUGCAGUCCUAGUCCCCAAUCACGCCCUUUGAAAAAAGAAUCGGGUAAAUUGGUAAAAGUUGUUGAAGUCUCUAAUAAAAAACAAAAAGCUGCAGUAAAGAAACCAAGCCAGAAAUCUGCUAGGCGGUGCGGUAAAGAGCUCAUGGUAGAUGUGCCUGCAGUAGAAGAACAAACACUUGCUAGUGGUCCAACAACCAAGAUUUCGGGACGUAGCCAAGUCUCUGACAGUCAUGCUAUUGUGUCUCCACAUGAUAGUGCAUGCCACUCUCCGAUUGACCUCAAACCACAGGGUUUGAAAUCCCUUGACGAAUCUCAGCCCGGAUUGAUUCCUGAGGACUUUGAUUAUUUCCUGAAUUCCCUUGAUGAAAUCCUCUUCCUGCCUAUCACUAGAGCCGAAAUUUCUGACCCUGCUGCUUCUUCGCACAAAGAAGGCAUGACUCAAAUCCGAUCAAAACUUUCUUCUCUUCUUGCCAUGGGUUUUGCUAGCUUAGCUGACUCCAACAAGCUUACUGAACUCAUUGCCCUGGCGUCUAAGCUAAAAAACGAUCCAACACUGAGUCCUAGAGAAAUUUCCAUGCUAAAGUUGAUUGAAGAAAUUCCAAUGGCCAGCAACAUCUUCCUAGAGGCUAAGAAGUUACCAGGACAAGCUGAAAAGUUCUUUGCUGACCUUGAUGCCAAUAUGGCUACUGUUGCUUCACUCAGGAAUGAAUACAGCGUAGCAAAGCAGCAACUAGAAAUUUAUCAGGCGGACGAAGCAUCUGCCUUGUUAACUCUAAUGGAAAUUGAUGAACAAAUUGCUGCUUUGCAAUCACGUCGGGCAGAGAUCACUCAAAAUGUAAAGCUGACCAACAAAAAGAUCGUUCAAUACUCCUCCAGUCAAAAAAAAGUCAUGGAGUGUCUCCCAAAGAUUGUCCACGAUGUUCAGGUAGCCAAUUCUGAAAAGCAAGAAUGGGAGCUUAGAAAGAAGAGAUCAGCUGAGCAAGAGGCUGAGAUUCUAGCUAAAUUUGCACCACUUGAUGGGUUUUCAUUUUGAUCAGAAUCUGCAUUACCUCUUAGUAUGGGACCUUCUAGUUUCUAGUGCUUGGACUAUGUCACAACUACUCAUUCUGUAUUUUACUAAUUGUGAAGGCGAACUUUAUUUUGUAUUCAAGGUGAUAUGCAGAUUGGUUGCUAAAUGCUAACUAGUUCUUGGUAUCCCCUCGCUGACUGGAUUUUG